GUUUAACCCGUUUUGACAAAAUGACAACAUAAGUAACACAAAAUACUUGAAAAAUAAAUCAUGUCCAUAUAUUCAUUAUAAUGUGACUUAUACCGAGUUCAAUUUUACUAAAUUAAAGUACUUCUGUGAUAUGCCGGGGCCGGAUAUUAGAACCAAUGACAAUGUUUACGGGGAAAUGUCGACAGAGCCCACCGCAACUGCUGUACACAGCGGUGUUGAAGCUAAGAUAGAUAGAAAACUAACUGUACUUGAAACCCAUGGCUAUGUGCUUGGCAGAACCAUUGGGUCUGGCUCCUAUGCUACCGUCAAGGUUGCUACAAGUGAUAGACAUAACUGUCAAGUAGCAAUAAAAAUAAUAAGCAAGUUCCAAGCGCCUGGCGACUAUUUAAAAAAAUUCCUACCUAGAGAAAUAGAAGUAGUAAAAGGACUGAAACAUGAAAACUUAAUACGCUUUUUACAGGCCAUCGAAACUACCCACAGAGUCUAUAUCGUAAUGGAAUACGCCGAGAACGGCAGCCUUUUGGACAUAAUACGUAAAGAUCAACACAUUGAUGAAAUGCGAGGUCGCCGCUGGUUUCGUCAGCUCGUUGAAGCCGUUGAUUACUGCCAUGAUCGAGGAGUAGUCCAUAGAGACAUAAAAUGCGAAAACCUUUUAAUGGACCACGGUCUCAAUAUAAAGCUAUCAGACUUCGGCUUUGCCCGAGGUCAUAUGAAGCCGAAGAAUGGAGUAUUUUCACUGAGUGAAACAUUUUGCGGCAGUUACGCCUACGCCUCUCCAGAGAUUCUGAAAGGAGUUCCAUAUAGACCACAGGACUCGGAUAUUUGGAGUAUGGGAGUGGUGCUUUACGCAAUUGUCUAUGGACGUUUACCAUUCGACGACACGAAUUACACGCAACUACUAAAGCAAGUCCAAAAUAAAGUUUCAUUUCCACGGGAACCAAAAGUGUCCGCUGAAUGUCGCAAAUUGAUUACCAAAGUCUUGGCCCCUCUUAAGAUGCGCGUCAAGAUCCCACAGAUCCUCGCCGACCCCUGGCUAAACCCCAACCAGCUCCCUAAAGACGAAGAAGUUGAUACAGCUCAGGAAAAAUCCGAAAAAAUCAGUAAAGAGGAAAUAAAAAGUGUAAAUAUCGGAACAGUAACAUUCGACAGGAAAUUAGAAGAAGUUAAAUAGUAAUUUCGCAUUAUAGUGGCUAUAAAAUUAUUUCAAAUAUAAAACCUACCUAAAAUAUAUUACUGUACCUGCUAACUUCAAAUAUAUUAUUUUAUCUGUGGUUCGAACUGACGCUGGCAGUAAACGCUGUGGUUAAAAAAAUAUGGUCUUAGAUAUCUCUUUUUCAGAAAAUAA